AUGGAAGAAACUCAACAACUGGGUCCUCUGCGCUUUCGUGCGCGCCCUGCUUUGAAAACCGGUCCCAAGAAGCGGCCAAACAAGUACCACAACGUGCAUGUCACCUACAAGAUGAAGCAAAGCGUCAUUGACAGCUUCGACGAGGUCGGCAUGGCAGCCACACUUGCCAAGCACUUUCCACAACUCAGUGGAACCCGACUCAAUACGACAAGAAAGAAGGUGUAUGGGUGGCUCAAGCAUCGUGCUCACAUAAGGGUAAAGGCUACUAAUCGACGAACUUAUGACCAUUUGUGCUCGCGUGACUUGGGCAUGGCAACAACACUUCCCAGGGAGUACGAAGAACAACUUGCUCGGUGGGUAAACUCCAUGCGUCAAGACGGCGAUCCAGUGACACCGCAGAUGAUCCAAAUCAUGGCGUUGGAGACCGCUAUUGACACCGGCCUGGAUGAAGCCAGCGUCACCGCGAGUUGGCAGUGGCUGCGUGGAUUUAAAAGACGCUUCAAGCUGUCGUGGCGUGCCCUCACCAGGUCCGGUGAAGGGGACUGUGACGCAGCGUUAGCCAAGUUCUCUGCGCGGGCUGCCGAGUUGGUCCGUGAGCACGUUCAAGUUGCAAGCCCCGAAGCGUCCAACACUGAAGCCAUCGAAAGUGAGGAAGAGUUUGUGUCUCCGAAGAUGAUGUCCGACCUGGUGUCGAUAUCUGGUGUGGACGAAACGAUUGAUCCAACUGAUGACAUCGACAAUAGUGUUCAACUUCUCUAA